CGGGAAGGGCCCAGCUCCGCCGCGCUGAGGUCGCCCGGCCCUUCCCGACGGGCUCCGGAGCGGCGGGGAGGGGCCGCAGCCGGACCCGGCCAUGAGCGGCGUGGCGGAGGCGCGGGAGCUGGAGGAGCGGCUGCGAGAGGCGGCGGCCCUGGGGGACGUGGCGGAGGUGCGGCGGCUGCUGGGUGCGGGGGUGGACAUCGACUCCCGCAACGAGAUCAACGGCUGGACCUGCCUGCACUGGGCCUGUAAGCGGAACCAUGCCCAGGUGGUGUCCUGCCUUCUGGAGGCUGGCGCAGACAAGCAGAUCCUCACUGCUAAGGGAGAGCUGGCGGCACAGCUAACAUCGAAACCAGACAUCCGCAAGAUUUUGGGAGAGGAACAAACUGAAUGCCAAGAAGUGAAGGAUUUAAAUUCACCCAUUGUUGCAAGCUACUUGGCCAAGCCACGAUUCCUUAACGUUUACACCGAAGAAAGCAUUCCAGGCAGCUUGGCAGAAUCCCAGAAUGAAAGUGCUUCCAUCUCUUCUGCUUCCCAGAGUGAAACCAGCCCUUGUCCAUCAGCAACUGAGGCCGAAAGCAUCUGCACACCCAGGUCAUGCAGCAGCAGCGAGCCCUUCCCAGCACCGAGCAGUGCAGCCAGGCCAGCCCCUGUGCCCACCCUCACCACGGCCUCAGCCUGUGCCAGCCCAGGGCUGCCCCACAGCCCCAGCCACCCCCCGGCCACCGCCCCCAGCCUGGGGCUCUGCUCCCCAGCAGUGUCUGGCCAGGCUGUGUCUCUGCAGCCUGACACCUCUCCCAGUGGCCCUGCAUCCACCUUCCAGCCCUUCUUCUUCACUGGAACAUUCCCCUGUAACAUGCAAGAACUUGUGCUCAAGGUCAGAGUCCAGAACCUGAGAGACAAUGACUUCAUUGAGAUUGAAUUGGACAGACAAGAAUUGACCUAUCAAGAUCUGCUCAGAGUGAGCUGCUGUGAACUGGGUGUUAAUCCAGAGCAAGUAGAGAAGAUCAGAAAACUACCCAAUACACUUGUAAGAAAGGACAAGGAUGUUGCCAGACUCCAGGAUUUCCAGGAGCUGGAGCUGGUCCUUAUGAGAAGUGACAGCUCUCCAUUCCUGAACGCUGCAGCUGUGCUGACAGAGCGGCCAUGCUACAACAGCAGAGCAUCCAAACUCACCUACUGA